AUGGCUCAGAGUUUAACAGGUUAUGGGCCCAGGAACAGACUGUAUUUUGACGGUGAUGAGCGCAAGUACGAGUUAUGGGAAGUGAAGUUUUUGGGCUACAUGCGGCUACAGAAAUUGCAUAAUGUGAUUGAUCCUCCUGCAUCAAGUACGACUGCUGCAGACGUUACCAAAAAUGCCGAGGCAUUUGCGGAGUUGAUUCAGUUCCUGGAUGACCGUAGUCUAUCCCUUGUGAUGCGUGAUGCGAAGGACGAUGGACGUGAGGCACUGAGGAUUUUACGGGAACACUACUUAUCGAAAGGUAAACCCAAGGUCAUAUCACUGUACACGGAGCUCACAACGUUGCUUAAGGGAGAAAACGAGAGUGUUACAGACUAUGUGAUUCGAGCCGAGACGGCGGCAACUGCACUUAAAACGUCUGGUGAAACUAUUAGUGACAGCUUGUUGGUGGCAAUGGUGCUUAAGGGUUUACCUACGGAAUUCAAGCCAUUUAUGACUGUAAUUACACAAAGAGAAAAGGCAUUGACAUUUGCUGAGUUCAAGGUGUCUCUCAGAAGUUUCGAGGAGACAGAGAAGUCGUGCGGCGACAAAAGUGACAGUGACAGAGUGAUGAGGAUAGAGUCUCGCAAAUUCAGUGGUACAUGUUUCAAGUGCGGUCUUCAGGGUCACAAAUCGGUCGACUGCCGUGUCUCUAGACCGAACCAGACUUUAAGAAGAUGGUGUGAGAACUGCAGGAAUAACUCCCACGAUACGAAGUUUUGUUGGAAGAGUUCGGGGGGUAACAGUGGUAAAGACUCUGCCAGGAACCUAAAAGAUUAUAGUGAUGAUUAUGACAGUCAGAGCCACAGUUUUGUGUUUAAAGUGGGGCUUCGGAGAUCAGAGACUGAAUCAUGUGUUGUGGUUAACAAGUUAAUGGUGGACUGUGGUGCAACUACUCAUAUAAUCAAUGAUGACUCCAAAUUUGUGUGUUUUGACAAGCAAUUUGAUCCUGAGAGACAUUUUAUUGAACUAGCUGAUGGUAGUAGAACAAAUAAUCUGGUUAAAAAGAAGGGUGAUGCCUGUGUUACCCUUGUAGACUCUUGUGGGAAAAUGACUCAGUUUAGAAACAGACAAGCUGAUGAGCGUUCAAAAGCUAAACUAGAUAUGGUACACUGUGACCUAGCUGGUCCCAUUGAUCCUGUUGCCAAGGACGGUUUUAAGUAUGCACUCAGUUUUGUUGAUGAUUACUCCGGUCUUAUCAUGAUAUACUUCCUCAAAUAUAAGUGUGACACCUUACAGGCAACUAAGCAUUUCAUAGCAGACAUUUCUCCCUAUGGCUCAGUGAAAUGUCUCAGAAGUGAUGAAGAGUCUGGUCUGCCAAAGUUUCUGUGGACGUAUGCCGUUAUGGCCUCUGCUUACAUUAGAAACAGAUGUUAUAACCUUAGGAUUAAGAAGACUCCAUUCGAGGCUUUUGCAGGUAAAAAGCCAAAUAUUAGUAAUAUGCACAUUUUUGGUUCUGUAUGUUAUGCCUAUGUACAACAGAAGAAAAAACUUGAUGCCAGAAGUAGAAAAGCUGUGGGAAGUAGGUGGGUAUAUGACCUGAAGUUUAACCCUAACAAUGAGACAAGGUACAAGGCUCGUUUUGUUGCUAAGGGUUACUCUCAGGAGGCAGGUAUAGAUUAUCACGAAACAUUUUCCCCAACUACUAGGAUCACAUCUGUAAGAACUUUAAUGCAGUUGGCUGUACAACAUGACCUGGUUGUUCAUCAAAUGGAUGUAAAAACUGCCUACUUAAAUGCACCUAUUGAUUGUGAAAUUUAUGUUGAACAACCCAAGGGUUUCUGUGUGGAGGGUAAUGGUGGCGAGAAAAUUACUGAUGAUGAGCUCCUGGUGACCUAUGGUAAAGCACAGCAACAAAACUGUAAGCAUCCAAAAUUAGUCAAUGAUGGGUCGCGUGAAGCCUGA